GUGGGAUUACCCCUUGAAAUGACGAACCAUUUUUGGAGGAUUUCUUUAGUUUAUUUUUCAGGAGUUCUGGGAGGCAGUCUUAUGUUUUCUGUGAGCAACCCUGAAGCAGGUUUAGUUGGAGCAUCGGUGGCACCGGAUGGAUAUUAUCCAGCUUCAGCUUACAGUGAUAGUACAAACUAAUUCUACCGCGCACGAAUCUUCCCAAAUUAACGAGUGUAUUUAAGAAAUACAUUAUCAAAUUUUCUAUGCUUUCCAAUUGUUUGCGCCGACAGGAGACAUGUUUCAUCGUACUUAAGACGGUCCCGGUCGGAGACGGCAUAUGUUUGAAAAAAAUGCGGAUGAAAGGAUCCCAGCUCAGUAGUGUAAAGAGAAAUAUUGCAAAUGUCGUCUUUGCAUAAUUUCCGUCUUUGUACAAUUUCUGUCUUUGCAUAGUUUUCGUCUUUGAAUAAUUUCCGUCUUUGUGCAAUUUUGUCUAUCGUUAUUGGCAUUAUUGUGCAAUUGUCAUUUUUGCAUAACUUACGUCUUUGCACUGCAAUUGUUAUCUCUUCGUUAUUGGAAUUAUUAUUUGAGUAUAAAUUCCGUCUUUACACAAUUUUGAUCUUUGCGUCAUUGGAAUUAUUGUACAAUUGUCUUUUUGCAUAAAUUCCGUCCUUGCACAAUUGUUGUUAUUGCGUUAUUGGAAUUAUUGAACAAUUAUCAAUUUUGCAUAAAUUCCGUCUUUGCACAAUUUGUGUCUUUGUGUUAUUGGAAUUAUUGUAUAAUUGUCAUUUUUGCAUAAAUUCUGUCUUGUGAAACCUGCAUUUCCCUCAGAUCUACAUGGGGGGGGACACUUGAACAUAUGCUUUAAGUCCCUUUUAUGCAUGGAAACGACUGGAACUUGUACAUUGUGAAUAAAGAGCUUAUCACUAAUUACUAUUUAUCAAUCCUUAUUUCUUUGCAACCUGAUGACAGAGAUCUUUGAUCUAAAACUAUGAAUUUGAUCAGAUCAAAAAUUAAAAGUUUUAAAUUACAAAGGUUUACAAAGGUUGAAAAGAAAGGGAUUAAAUGUAACUUGAAAUUAGAUUAAUUAGUAAAAACAGAAUAUACAAUCGAAGUUAUCGUUUCUCGAAUCUCGAUCGAUAAAAAAUACGAUUGCUUUAAUUUUCACACACAGUCCCUUAAAAUCUAACUUUUUAAAUAUUAAUUAUUCAUGUCAAAUGUAUAUGUUGUAAAUUGACGCAUGUAAAUAGUCUGACAAAAAUAUAUGUUGAACAACUGUUGCUAA